CAUCCUCUGCCAUCCUGUAAGAAUUGUUGGCUGGUCCAAGGUGUCACAUCAUAGAAUGCAACACCUUCCAGCCUGCCAAGCCAGGGACGGCUACCAAAACAAUUUCUUUGAAAGCAGUUGGACAUGAGGAAAUAAACCAAGGGGGAAGGUGCAGAGAAGGGAAGAGCUAACCCGAUGCUUUGGGUGUGAAAAAUCAGAUUCGGCUUUGCUACGCUGUAACCGCUUGCCUUUAGUUAAAUAUACUUUCACUACGGAGGGAGUCGAGAGUCUUUCUUUUCUAACGGGACAAGUUGGGACAGCUGACCCCGUCUUCUAUGAGCUUGCUGACCUUAUAUACCUUCUUGGAACUUUAACUUUUCCUCUUCCUGUGUUUCAGAACCAAUCCAGAAAGUUACUAUCAGAGUGAACAACAGAGGCUCUGGUGAGAUUUCAAACCAUGGAUGUUUUUGCAGACCCCUUCAAGCACAAUACAGAGGGCGGAUUCUCUGCUUGGUUGUCAAAUGUUCUUGCAAGCUGGAAACCUUUCCCCCUUUUAUCUGAUCCUUCCAUAAGCAGCAUCCCCCCCAUUUUUUUUUACAAGGUCAAGGUUGUUUGCAUUAUAUAUUUCACAAAUGAAACCAAACAACCAAAUCUUCAACUACCUUGUUUUUCUGAAAUUAUGUCAAAUCUGGGGAGGAGGCUUCCAGUUUGCAGUUUUGGGUAGUUCCCUAACUGAUGCUUGUAAAUCCUUGCAGGCUCCCCAUCUUCACCACUCAACCCUGUGAUAACCAAGGAAGGAAACACUGUCACUCUGAUUUGUACUGCUGAUGGUACACCACCUCCCACUCUAUCCUGGAUGAAGGAGAACCAGCAAAUUGAUAGUCCCACACAGCAGAGGCUUCAGCUGCGUGAAAUUGGACCAAAGGAUGCUGGGAAAUAUCAGUGCUUGGCAAACAAUCUGUAUGGAUCUCUCAAGACAACGGUUGAAGUGAUCGUCCAGUAUCGUCCAAGGAUGCUGGUUUUCAACACCUCCCAAACUCACAGGAGAGGCUCCAUACUCUCUCAAGGUUGCUUCAAGGAGCUGCCCAGUGGCUCUGAGUUGACAGCCCAAGAAGGUGACUCAUUGGAGCUGUUCUGCCAAGCAGAUAGCAACCCUCCAGCCACAACUAGUUGGGAGAAAAGAGACGGCCACUUGCAGAAGCCUCUAGAUAACCAAUUGCGACUGACCAACCUGACUGUUGAAGAUGAGGGUGUCUAUGUGUGCACUGCUACAAACAUGCUCGGCACAGUUCAGGGGUUCUUCCGGCUCUCUGUGACAUAUGCCCCAAGGCUCAGCAGAAGCCCCCAGAAAAAUACAACAUGUUCUUACCAUGACAAUGAUUUCCUAUGUACUUGUACCUGGGAUGCUAAGCCACUCCCCCAGAUCGAGUGGGAGGUGGAUGGGGAGAGGAUAACCGAGGAGAGCAAGAGAAGAGGAAACUGGACAGUCCAACCUUCAGUCCAGAAGAAUGAGGCCACCAGUACCUUAAACUGGACUGGCAGCUUAGAUAGAGAUCAUAAUAUUAUCUGCAUGGGGAGCAAUUCUUAUGGAAUCCAAAGAAUGCAAUUCCUGUUGAAGGCCAAGAGAGACCCAACUUCAGAAUCUUCCAUAGGAAGAUCUAAUAAGACUUUGUUCAUUGCUGGGAUAUGUGGAAUUUUUCUGGGAGCUGGAAUCUUCAUGUUGUGCCUAUUCCUGAUCAGGGUUUUUAAGCAGAGGAAAGCAUUGCUCGAAGCUAGCCAUGUCGAAGGAACCUCUUCUGGACGAGAACCACAGGAGAAACCCAAGAAUUCCAGCCAUAUCUACAGCAACGUUUUCCCGAUGGGUCCAAGAUUACCCCAUGCUGAUAAGCCAAACCCUGCUGGAAAAAGGAAGCCUAAAGCACCCCAGGGACCCACUGUUCCAGCCCCAAGGACAGCAGAGCCACCUGAACUGCAGUAUGCAGCCCUAGAUUUCAAGCCGAAAAGUAAAGGCAUUUCAGAUUUAGGCGAAAACAAUGUGGAAUAUUCAUCGAUCCAAAAAAAACAAAAGCCUCAGAAGUGAGGGUUAGCAUUUGAAGAAAUGGGGAGAGAAAGGGGAUUGAUGUUUUUUGAACUUCGGUGGUGACUCAGGGUUGGCAUUCACUUAACUUCCUUACCGAUUUGCAAAUGCAUGCAUUCACUCGUGCCCACCUCCGUACAUGCACUUUUGGUGAAAAGAAAAUGGCCUAAAUGGGAUGCCGUAGACCCAGGGAGGUGGGCGGAGCCACCUACAAUUUCCGCUACCGGUUCAGGCGAACUGGUAGAAUGCCACCUCUGCGGUGACUCCUGAAGAAACCAUGGAUAGCCAAGAAAUAAAUCAUCCAACAAAUCAGCUCGUCAUUCAAGCCAUAAUUAAUCAGGCUCAGAUUGUCUACUUCAUGCCCAUUAUGAGGAGACCCAGCUGCAACACUGGGAAAGGAGGAAGGAAAGAGAAGAAGAGGAUAACCAGCAGCAAGGGGGAUGGAUUCUGUUAUAAGUGGCCAUGGGGCAACCUAUGGACCACGUUAGGGACAGAUCAUCCUGGAGGAAGUUUAUUUACCUCCCAGAGACCUAUACGAUCACACAGAUUAGA